AUGAACAAGACUUCCAUGAUGGAAUUCAUCCUCACGGGCCUCACUGACAAGACCAAACUUAACAUUCCUCUGUUUAUAAUAUUCCUUCAUAUUUAUGUCACGACUGUGGUCUGUAAUUUUGGUAUUAUCACUGUGAGCUGGGUAGACAGACAUCUUCACAAGCCCAUGUACUUGUUUCUGAGCAACCUCUCCUUUGUUAACCUCAUGUAUUCCUCAUCCGUUACCCCAAAAAUGUUGAGAGACUUUUUGAGCCAAGCCAAGGCUAUCUCGUUUGUCGGCAGCGCCCUACAGAUGUACAUGUUUGUGUCCUUUGCGACCAUAGACUGUCUUAUUUUAGGGCUCAUGGCUUAUGACCGCUACAUCGCCAUCUGUAGUCCACUCACGUACAGUGUCCUCAUGAAUAACAUCUUGAGUCUCCGGCUGUUGAUUGCUGCCUACCUUGAAGGUCUUCUCACAGCCCUUGUCCACACAGUUUCUGUCUUCCAUCUGAAUUUCUGCAGGUCCAAUGUCAUUGAUCAUUUUUUCUGUGACAUCCCACCACUCUUCAAGCUAUCCUGUUCUGAUAUAUCGGUGAACCUUGUUGUUCUGGUUGUGUUAGGAGGUCUAAGCACUCUAGGUUGUCUUAUACUUAUUCUAGUCUCAUACACCUACAUUGUUCUCACCAUUUUGAGGAUUCGCACGGCUCGAGGAAGGUAUAAAGCUUUUAAAACAUGCGUCUCUCACAUGGCAGCCGUCACUAUCUUCUAUGGGACUGUCCUCUUCAUGUAUUUUCGACCAUCUACGAGCUAUGUUCUACAUCAAGAUCGCGUGGCCUCGGUCUUCUACAGUAUACUAAUACCUAUGCUAAAUCCUCUGAUAUAUACUCUUAGGAAUGAAGAAUUUAAGGAAGCUUUACGAGGUUCAGUGAGAGGAUUGAAGGGUAAAUCGUUUUAA